GCAGCCCCGCGCCGCGCCGCGCCGCUCGGAGGCGGAGGAAAUGAAGGCGAGUUCCGCCGAGGCGGGAGCCAUUACCCGCCGCCGCCGGAGCUGAGCCCACCGAGCCCGGCUCCGCCGCUCCCCCCGCCGCUCCCCCCGCGCGCUCCCGGCCCGGCACAGGUGCCGGGGCGAGGGGAUGAGGUGCCCCCCUGCCGCGUGGUGUGCCGAAGCGGCUCUUUAGAUCCUCCCCGGCCCAAGCCUCCCCUGCCAUGGAUGCCUCGGGGGCCGUUGCUUCGGCUCCCUCCUCCGCGGCUCCCUCGGGCUCCCGCAGCCCCAUGUUUCCCCCAGGAGCUGACAGAGAGGAGUGGGGACCGAGGUUCAAUUGUGCCCCUUCCACCUCUGCCGCAGCCUCGCAGGCGAUGCCAGCAUCUGGCCGGAAGAGGAAGGCCAACUUCUCCAAUGACGAGACCGAGACGUUGGUCUGGAAUGUGGUCCGGCAUUUCAGCGCCCUGUAUGGGUCUGAAGCCCUGCGGGCUCACCCCGUGCGGCGGAAGCAGCUCUGGACCCAAAUCCAAAGCCGCGUCAACUUCCUGGGCUACACCGAGCGCUCCAUCGACGACCUCAAGCACAAGUGGCGCGACCUGCGGUUGGACGUCAAGAAGAAGAUCACCUCCAAGAAGCACCUGCCCAUGAACCGCGCCGGCGGGCCGCUCCACAAACCGCGCCUGACCCCCCUGGAGAAGAUGGUGGCUUCCACCUUCUUGCAGGCCAGUCACGACUCGGAGCCCGAAAUCAUCCUAGACCCAGAUCUGUUCUUCCCCGGUGCGUCCAAGCAGUCCUUCAUGCACCUGCAGCCUGGCGUGAGCCACCCCAGCAUCUACAUCGACACCAACGGGCAGCCCUCCUCCCUGCCCGACGUGGAGGGUUCCGCCGCGCCCCGGCUGGCGGUGCAGAGCCCCGACCCCUCGGUCAUCUGCGAGUACAGCCGAGGGGAAGGGCAGAGCAGCUCGGCUGAGUCGGGACCGGAGCUGCGGACUCCAGACAUGACAGCCAUAUCCCCAUCCCUGCGCAACGAGUCCCUCGUCUCCUACGCGUCCAUGUCGGAGGAGGAGGAACGGGAAGGCCGGGAGGUGGAGAGGGGCCACGGCGGGACAAUGGGGCUGCAGCCUGGACCUGAGGCCCCGAUGUCAGCGGAGGAGGACAUGAAACUGUCCCGGCAGGCCAUGCUGAUCCGCCGCUGCAGCUCCCAGGGCUCCGUCACCUCCCUGCCCGAGGACCCUCUCAACCCCGCGGACGCUCACUCGGACUGGGGCCACGAAGGGGUGUCCGAGCUGCCCCCCCUGGGCCGCGCUCUCGACUCCUCGCACCCCGAGGAGCAGGCGGGGGGCUCGGGCCCGGAGGCGGGCGCUUUGCCCAGGGUACUGAUGGGGCCCACCUGGGAGAAGCCGCCGGAGGAGGAGGCCCCGGCGCGUUCCCCGCUGCACGGCGGUGCCCUGACCGAGGAGUCGCUGCCCUCCUCCGCCUCUCCCCCGGGGGAUGCCCCCGCUGCCCCCGGCCCGGCCCGCGGCCUGGGCUGCUCCCGCCUGCGGGAGGACCGUCGGGACAGCUGGAGGACUAACAUUCAUCACCUGCUUGACCUGGAGGAGCAGUGGGACCAGCUGUACCACCAGGAGCUGGCCAUGUGGCAGGAGGAACGAGCCACGCAGCGCGAGGAGCGGGCCCGCGACCGCGAGCUCCAGUUCCGCCUGCUGGGCGUCCUGACGGACAUCCGCGACGAGCUGCGCUACCUGCGCCAGGAGCGGGCCAGCGCCCGGCAGAGCCAGGUGCCGCCUCCCGAGCCCCGGCCGGAGCCCAGCCCGCUCCUCGAGCAGCCCAAAGCCGAGCCCAGCUUCCCCGAGCCGCAGGCCGGGAACGCCAGUUGGGCAGAGACCGCCGUGCCCAGCCGCAGCCCCUUCGGCAAUCGGGGCCGUGGCCGGCGUAGGGGCCGACCGCGUGGCUCGGCCUCCAGACACAGACGGCUUUUCCUCGCCAACAGCUAGGGCAGGCUGGGGUGGUGUCCCACGAAGGACGUGGUGUGCGUACAGCCCUCCCCGGAGCCACGGGUGCACGUUGCUCGUGGGGACCGGGAGCGAGGUCGGUGCCCGCCGUGCCGGCACAAAGGUACGGGGACGUGGGCGGCCGGCACCGUGCAUGCCCACCUGCCCGCCACGCGCUCUGCACACGUGUGCGAGCCCAGGCUGGGGUGCAGCGAUGCACACGUGCGUGCAAGGUGUGUGCAUGCGCGGUGCCGAUGGGGCGUGCGUGCGACGGCGCAUAGUGGAGUAGGAUUACUACCUUGGGGGGGGUGGGGAAGUGUUAGGAACACUUUUAGUCGCUGGUGGGCGAGCAUUUUAUGCAAAUCAUUUAAUGACCUAAUUUGCAUAUAACCAUAAACUUCUGUUUCAAAAAAAAAAAAAAAAAAAAGGAAAAAAAAAAAAGGCAAAAAAAAAAAAAAAAGAGAGAAAAGCCAUCACUCCGUGUGUCGACUCAGUGCCAGGGCUGCAGCUGUGCCCUCUGCCUGCCCCUCUGAACUGCAGGGGCUGUGCCCCCUGUCCCCUCCCAGUCCACGCGUGGCCCACAUGGGGGUGACAGCGCAGCAUGCUGUCCCCACCGGGCUGAACGCGUCACCUUGUGUGGGUGAGCAGAGCUGCAGUCCUUGCGGGGUGGCAUGGGUCCCUUCUGGGGGGACAACAAGCAACUGGAGGGGUGCAAUGGGCACUGGGUGGGUUUUAUUCCUGGUGCCAGAUUGGAAAUCUGUGGGGAAUGCAGGGAGGGGCGGGCUCUGCGCAGAGCCCAGUGCCCAGUUCCCAGGGCCAAGAGUUGAGGGAGAAAAAGAAAAAUGAGAAACGCUGCGAAGUGGUGAGAGGUGCCAGAAAUGGCUGUGCAGGGUGGAAGUCCCUGCGGGGCUGGGGCUGUGCUGCACCUCGGGGACACCGCUCCCAGCACUGAGCCCUGUGUGUCCCCGCAGGGCUGCCCUGCUUCCACCCCCUGCUCUGGCUCGGGGCGGGGGUGGCACUGCCACUCUCCUGGGGUGGCUUUGAGUGGGGGACCCCACGGGGCCAGGGCGAAGGCGCAGCAGCCCAGCACGACUUUAUUCCGCGUUGCAUUGUCCAUACAAAACAACACCCCAAGCACUGUACAGAGCGGGACGGCACGGGGAGUAAAAA